AUGAUCGUGUUUUGGGUAACACUGCUUGUUCUUCAUCGAGGAUAUACACUUCUUCCAGUAACUACAGUUCAACUUGAGGAAACUGUAACCAUCCCAUGUGACCUGCCUAAGAUUGAGUCUAUCCGUAAAGAAGUCCACUGGUACAAGCAGAGUGCUGGGGACACUCUGAAAGUAAUUUGGACAGCAAGGGGAUCUGAAACACCCGAGUUUGCACCUGAGUUUAAUAACUCAAGAUGGAAGGUUAAUUACAAUAAACACUUUAGCAGCCUGACCAUUUUGAAGACAAACCAAGAAGACGAGGGAAUCUAUCACUGUGGAUUCACAGAGUGGCGUAAAAAUACUGAAUGGACCGGGAUGUAUUUGGUAAUAAAAGGAAACACCCAGAGCUCAUCAAACUAUACUGUUGUUCAAGACAAAACAGACCAUCCAGGAGAAUCAGUGACUCUUCAGUGUUCAGUAAUCAACGACUUUGACAAGAAGUCGUGUCCAGGAGGCCUCAGUGUGUUCUGGAUCAGAGAAGGAUCACAUGCAUCUCAUCCUGGCAUCAUCUACACUGAUGGAAACAAACAUCAUGAAUGUGAGAAAAGAUCUGAGACUCAGCAGAGUUGUGUUUAUCGUUUCUCUAAGAACGUCAGCUCCAUUGAUGAAGGGACUUACCACUGUGCUGUCGCCACAUGUGGGAAGAUAUUAUUUGGAAAUGGAACUAAACUGCAAAUAGAACAAACUGCAGGUUCUGAAUUUACUACGCUGGUGAUAGUAAUAAUCUGCUUGGUCAUUUCUGUGAUUCUCAAUGUUAUUUUCAUCUGCCAAACUCCAAGAGUAGCAUGUGAACACUUUAAUGACACUGAGACUGACUUUAAUGCACUUGUUCAAGCCAAAAGAAGACAUCUGUGCAAUGUGGAGUAA